AACUCCACGAUAGACUCCUCAAGUCCAAAACAACCGUUACUUACGCGUUGGGUAGUUCUUCAAAAAGGUGUUACCGCUACUAAGACAAUGCUUACAAUAAAGGAUUUAACUUUGACUUACGAUGCAAUUAACGAGGAAAGGACGUUUUCCGAGGGAGACACUUUAACGGGCACAGUGACGAUGUGUUUGAAAAAAGAUACGAAAGUUAAAUCCUUUUUCGUCAAACUUAAAGGCGACGCAAAUGUGCGUUGGAGCCGAGGGAUUCCUACAUACCAAAUCACUUAUAAAGCACACGCGCGGUACUUUAAACUUAAAUAUUUUUUUAUUCCUGAAAACACUAAAGACACUGAAAUCUCCAAGGGAAAUCACUCGUAUAAAUUCAGCAUCAAAAUUCCAUCCGGGAGUUUGCCCUCAUCCUUCCACGGGGCUCAUGGUAGGAUCGUUUACAGACUGGAAGCCAAGCUUUCAAGGAGCUGGAGGUUGGACAGCAAUGUAAAACAGGAGAUCAACUUUGCAUCGAAGGCCAUUUCAAGCCUCCUGAUGACCCGCCAGGUUGGCCAAGUGGAUAAAGACAUAGGAAUCUUCUCCAAAAGAUCCGUACACAUGGAGGCGUUUUUGAAGAGCGGAGUCUACGCCCCGGGUCAAACUGUGGCAGUUACUGUUAAAGUCAAAAACACAUCCUCAAAAGACAUGACCCCGAAGUUCUCUUUGAGGCAGAAUGUUACGUACCGUGUGCUAGACUCUACAAAGUACAGUUGGAGUGAAAUCUGUAAGUUAGUUGGGGAGGUUAUUGAGAAGAAAAGUGAAAAAACAGUCUCUUGUACAUUGAAGAUCCCUCCUGACACUAUCCUAUCCAUCCAGAACUGUGAAAUCCUUUCAGUUGAACAUUAUUUGAAGGUGUACUUGGACAUCAGCUUUGCCUCAGACCCAGAGAUCAAGUUUCCACUGGUCAUUGCCCCUUCCAGCUUCAUGUUAAACCCAGGGCCUUGGGGAAUUUUUUCGGGCCAGGGGAACUGACCCCGGCCAGUACGCCCCGCCGUCGUUGGCCUCCUGCUACAACGCCCCCACGUAUAGCAUGCCGCCGCAAAUGCCGGGGAUGGGCACCGAUUUUCUAUCCCAACAAAAUGAGGAACCUCCUUCGUAUCUGUCUAUGUUCCCCCCGGCAACCAAAGAUAAACCGCCAAACUAAAUGAAUGGAAAGCGCUGAUGAUUCAUUUUCGAUCUGAUUGGUGUUUGAUAAAACAGAGUGGUCGACAGUUGAGCCGAAAUCAAGGGAUUUUCUAUCACUCAAGACAAACCUUCUCUCCCCCCCCCCCCCCCAACAAAAAAACAGAGUGAAGGCCUCAAGGAGUCCGCAAGCGAUCACAACAAGUGAACGCUAAAGUUGGUGCGGCCGUUAUAAUCGAUCAUGAAUCUAUCAAGGUUUCCUGCUCAGGCUUCUCAGGCUGUCUUCUGGAAGUUAGAUUGGUCUUGUCUUCUGCAGUGAUUUCCUGCAUUCCUACAUAGCGCCUCGUUAUUGGUCUUGUGCUUUGAUACCGCCAUUUCGUUUUUUUAUUGUUUGUAAAAGAAAGGAUAUGAAUGAAACAUUUAAUAUCAACAUUGGACAGUGUUUUUAUUAGAUAGUUCAGGGGAGUUUCUGUGUGUGUUAGUGUGCAUACGUGUGUGUAGUUGUGUGAGCCGGCAUGUGUUUGUCAAGGGCUGUUGAGGGUGGUUUGUUUGUGUAAGUGUAUGUGCAUCUAUAGUUGUGUGUAUGCGAGUAUUACUAGUAUUACUGAGACAAAAAAGGCUUCAGCCGUAGACACAGUAUAAAGGAAGUUUCGCAUAAUCUGCCGAACGCAAGGUUGCCUACGUCAAAAUAUGGCAACUUUUGCAUUCCUGCUGCAACCACUAACAGAUUGGGGUAGGGGCUCUCAAAAUAAGUGCUUUUUAAAAAAAGCAAAAUAUAUAUAUAGAUAUAGAAUGUUAAAGAAUUCAAAAACAAAUAUAUAUUUAAAAAUUUCAGCCAAUUUUAAAGGUCAGAUUGGUAGGAUAAUGCAAUAAUUUAUAAUUCUGGAUUAUUUAGAGAAAUAACAGCUCUGGGGUAGAAACAGUUUUUUAGCCUGUUUGUUUUUGAUCUGAUUGCCCUGUAGCGCCUCCCCGAGGGCAACAGUUCAAACAGGUUAUGGCCUGGGUGGGAUGAGUCUCUCAGGAUGCUAUGAGCUCUCCUGAGGCAGUGUCUAUUGUAGACAUCCUCAAGAGAGAGAAGAGGACAUCCAAUGACUUUUUGGGCCGUUUUUAUGACCCUCUGGAGUGCUUUCCUCUCAGCUGCAGUGCAACUUGCAAACCACAGCGAGAUGCCGUAGCUUAGGACAGUCUCAAUGGUGCAGCGAUAAAAGGUCAACAGCAUUCUUUCCUGAAGAUUGUUCUUCCUGAGGAACCUUAGGAAAUACAGUCUCUGUUGGGCCUUUUUCAGAAGCGCCUUGGUGUUUAUUGUCCAAGUCAGGCUUAUUCCUCCUAUAAUCAAUGAUCAGCUCUUUGGUCUUUGAGGUGUUGAGGAUGAGGUUGUUCUCCGCACACCAUGUAGAUACUCUUUGGACCUCCUCCCUAUAUGCAGUCUCAUCCCCACCUAAGAUGAGCCCCACCACUAUUGUAUCAUCCGCAAACUUAAUGAUGGUAUUGCUGGGGUGGCUGGGGAUGCAGUCAUUGGUGUACAGAGUGUAGAGUAUGGGGCUCAGCACGCAGCCCUGUGGGGAGCAAGUGCUGAUGUGGGAGCACUCAUGUUUUGUGUAAACACGGAACAUGGGAAAGCAGGAUUUAGUGCAACAAAUAGCUGGAAUAAACUCCCUGAGGAUUUAAGAUUUGCCCCAACACAUACCACUUUUAAAACAAGACUGAAGACGUUUAUGUUUGCUUAGCUUUCUGCUUAAUCUUAAAUACAUUGCACUUUCUAAAAAUAAAAGGCCUUUUUAACUUUACCUUUAUUUUCUACACAUUGCACUUUCUAAAUUUUUUUUUUUUUAAUUUUGCCUUAUCUAUUUUACAAUUUUUUUGCAUAAUUUUUUUUUCUAUUAAUUAAUUUUGAAUGAAUUGUAUUGUAUGAACAUUUUCCUAUGUGAAGCACUUUGAGUUUGCCUUGUCUAUGAAAUGUGCUAUAGAAAUAAAGUUGCCUUGCCUUGCC